AUGGGACCAACGGGAAAGAUCAUGGAAUGUAGGUUUUAUUGCAGAAAGAUGAUGAUCUUAGCAGGAUCAUUAAUGGUGAUGGCAGCUGUUUAUUUAACAAGAAAAUCAGAUCAGACCACCCACCACCGGAUAAUGAUGAUGCCGGCGGCCGGCCGGAAUAAUCAUAAUAAUGAGAUGAUGACAGAAUCAUGUGAUAUUUUCUCAGGGAAAUGGGUGUAUGAUGAUAUAUCAUAUCCUUUAUAUAAAGAAAAGGAAUGUAGUUUCAUGCUUGAUGAAUUCUCUUGUGAAAAGUUUGGAAGAAAGGAUACUAUGUAUCAACAUUGGAGAUGGAAACCUCACCAAUGUCAUCUUCCAAGGUUCAAUGCAAGGGAGUUUUUAAGGAAGCUAAGAGGAAAGAGAAUGGUUUUUGUUGGUGACUCACUUAGUAGGAACCAAUGGGUUUCAUUGGUCUGUUUGGUAGAGUCUUCACUUGAUCAUUUGCACAUAUCUAGCCAUGUAAAUGGCUCCAUGUAUACAUUCAAGUCCACUGAAUACAAUGUUUCUAUUGAGUUUUAUUGGGCACCUUUCCUGGUCGAAUCGAAUUGCGAUGAUCCCAUAAAUCAUCGAGUGGAGAAUCGUAUCGUUAGAGCUCAUGCCAUUGAGAAGCAUGCCAAAUAUUGGACAGAUGCCGACAUUGUGAUAUUUGAUUCAUACAUUUGGUGGCUGGACCACUCGAUCAAGAUCAUGUGGGGAUCUUUUGAAGACAACCCAGAUGAAAGAAGAUACAAAGAAAUGAAUUUGUUGAGUAGAUACAAAAUGGGUCUCAAUACAUGGUCAGAUUGGAUAGAAAAACAUGUCAAUCUCACCAAAACCCAAUUGUUUUUCAUUAGCAUGUCACCUUCACACCUUAGGGCUAGUGAAUGGGGAAUGGAAGAGGGCAACAACAAUUGCUACAACGAAACAAAGCCAAUUUUAGGAAAAGAAGGUUAUUGGGGAAGUUUAUCAAAUGCGAAAAUGAUGAGAAUAGUGGAAGGGGAAAUAGAGAAAUUGAGAUCGAAAUCGGUUAAGAUUAAACUUUUGAAUGUAACGCAAUUGUCUGAGUAUAGAAAAGAUGGACAUCCUUCGAUUUAUAGAAGACAAUGGGAGCCGGCGAGUAAACUAGACCGGUCUAAUCCUCCAAGUUAUGCAGAUUGUGGUCAUUGGUGCCUUCCUGGUGUUCCAGAUGUUUGGAAUGAGUUACUUUAUGCUUAUAUAAUCAUGCAAUCAUCUUAA